ACUCGCGCGGAGGAUGGAUGGCCGAGACUUCGGGCCCCCGCGGUCCCUGCUUGGCCCCCCGCCGCCGCUGCUGUCCGGCCUGGGCAUGGAAAGCCACCGCGUGGGCGCGGCUGCUGCCGGACGCCUGCCGGCCUCCGGCCUGCCCGGCCCACUGCCACCCGGGAAGUACAUGGCGGGCCUCAACCUCCACCCGCACCCUGGCGAGGCCUUCCUGGGCAGCUUUGUGGCCGGCGGCAUGGGGCCCUCGGCCUCAGCCCAUGGUAGCCCCUGCCCUCUGCCCUCUGACCUCUCCUUCCGCUCCCCCACCCCCAGCAACCUGCCCAUGGUGCAGCUGUGGGCCGCCCACGCCCACGAAGGCUUCUCCCACCUGCCCAGCGGGCUGUACCCAUCCUACCUCCACCUGAACCACCUGGAGCCUCCCAGCAGCGGGAGCCCCCUCCUCAGCCAGCUGGGCCAGCCCAGCAUUUUCGAUACCCAGAAAGACGGCUUCUACCUGCCUGCUCCCGGGGCGCCGGGCGCCCUGCACCCCCACACGCCCUCCAGGACCCCGAGCGGCCUCCACAAAAGCUCGUCCUCAGUGUCUCGGGAAGGGGCCAUCAAGGAACGAACUGGCCGCGGCGGAGAGCCGCCCCCACUGUUCGGCAAGAAGGACCCCCGGGCCCGCGAGGAGGCCGCAGCGGCAGGGCCGCGCAGCGUCGUGGAUCUGACCCAAGAGCACCCCGGAGGCUCGGCGGGCGGCGGGCGGCAGCUGAAGCGGGACCCUGAGAGGCCCGAGAGCGCCAAGGCAUUCGGACGCGAGGCCUCAGGUGCCCAGGGCGAGGCGGAGGUGCGACACCCACCCGUGGGCAUCGCGGUGGCUGUGGCCCGGCAGAAGGACAGCGGAGGGAGUGGACGGUUAGGGCCCGGCCUGGGGGACCAGGAGCGGUCCCUGUCCCUUAGCAACGUCAAAGGGCACGGGCGCACGGAGGAGGGCGGUGUGGACGAACGCAGCCAGCACCGGGAGGAGCGGCUGCUGGACCGGGACCAGGACAAGCUGCUCCGAGAAAGCAAGGAGCUGGCUGACCUGGCCCGUCUGCACCCCACCAGCUGUGCGGCCAACGGCCUGAACCCCAACCUCAUGGUAACCGGGGGCCCUGCGCUCUCGGGCUCUGGUCGCUGGUCUGCCGACCCCGCAGCCCACCUGGCCACGCACCCUUGGUUGCCCCGCUCAGGCAGCACCUCCAUGUGGCUUGCUGGGCACCCCUACGGCCUGGGCCCCCCAUCUCUGCACCAGGGCAUGGCGCCCGCCUUCCCGCCCGGCCUGGGGGGCUCCCUGCCUUCUGCCUACCAGUUUGUCAGGGACCCCCAGUCGGGCCAGCUGGUGGUUAUUCCCAGUGACCACCUGCCUCACUUUGCAGAGCUGAUGGAGCGGGCGGCCGGGCCCCCGCUCUGGCCGGCGCUGUACUCGGCGGCGGGCCGCAGCCCCCUGCACCACGCGCAGCAGCUGCAGAUCUUCUCCCAGCAGCACCUCCUGCGCCAGCAGGAGCUCCUCUACCUGCAGCAGCAGGCAGCCCAGGCCCUGGAGCUGCAGAGGAGCGCCCAGCUGGUGCAGGAGCGGCUGAAGGCUCAGGAACACCGCGUGGAGAUGGAGGAGAAGGUGGGCAGGAGGGGCCUGGAGGCCACAGGCAAAGCUGGCCUGGCCACGGCCGGUCCUGGGCUGCUGCCGAGGAAGACCGCCGGCCCCACGGGCUCCUAUGGAAAGACCUUGAGCCCGCCACCACCCCUGUCUCCUCACGCCUCCCCCGUGGCAGCCCUGAAGGCUAAGGUCAUCCAGAAGCUGGAGGACGUGUCCAAGCCGCCUAGCUAUGCCUACCCCGCCACGCCCAGCUCCCACCCCAGCAGCCCGCCCCUGGCCUCCCCACCACCCGCCCCCGGCGUCACCCGCAAGGAGGAGGCACCUGAGAACGUCGUGGAGAAGAAGGACCUGGAGGUGGAGAAGGAAGCCCCCAGCUCCUUUCGGGCCUUGUUCUCAGAGAUCCCGCCCAGAUAUCCAUUCCAAACCCUGCCGCCCCACUAUGGAAGACCCUUUCCGUUCCUGCUGCAGCCCACGGCGGCCGCCGAUGCCGACGGCCUGGCCCCUGACGUGCCGCUCCCGGCUGAUGGGCCCGAGCGCCUGGCACUCUCGCCUGAAGACAAGCCCAUCCGCCUACCCCCCUCCAAGAUCCCCGAGCCACUCCGAGGACCUCCGGAGGAGGAGGAGGAGGAGAUGCUGGUGGAGCGGGAGGUGAAGGCAGAGGCCGAGGACCUGGACGAGAGCCCCUCGGAGCUGCCUCCACUAGGGUCACCGCUGGCACUGCCUGCCGCCGAGGCCAUGCCGGCUGCCAGCCCCGCCGUGGGAUGUGGAGCCGGUCUGAGGGAGGCCCAGGCACUGAGUGCUGGGGGGCAGGGCUGUGUGGAGCCCUCGGAGUGUCCUGACUUUGUGGAGCGCGUCGAAGCCCGAGUCCAGUCACCGGGUCGGACAGAACCCUGUAUCGUUGCCCCAGACCUGGGUGGGCAGCUGACCCCUGAGACCCUGGUGGAGGCCAAGGAAGAGCCGGUGGAAGUGCCCGUUGAUGUGCCCAUGCGGGAGGCCGAGCCUGAGGAAGGCCUGGCCUCCUCAGCUGCCAACGAGCCCCAGCCCAGCCUGGAACUACCUGACCGUGAUGCUCCCGAUGGGCAGGGGCAGUGCCUGGGCCUUGAGGACCUGGAGGCCAUGCCCGUGCCGGGCAGCUCCUGCUACCUUGGGGAACCGGACUCUGAGCAGCUCCUGCCCAGCCUGGAGGACCCACUGGCUGGCAUGAACGCCCUGGCGGCGGCGGCAGAGCUACCGCAGGCCAGACCCCUGCCACCCCUGGUCGCUGGAGCCCAGCCCCUGGAGACGCUGGGAACCCCUCAGAACCUGGUCCUGGGGCAAAAUUUCCUGCAAGGCAUCACCCUGCUGAGUGAGAUCGCCGAACUGGAGCUGGAGAAGAGGGGCCAGGAGGUGGGAGGCGUGGAGAAGGCUGUGGUGGCUCGGCCCUCGCUGGAGAGUCUGCUGGUGGCCAGCAGCCACCUGCUGCAGGAGGCGCUGGACGGCCCCUUUGUGGACCCGCUCAAGAGUCUGCGACUGCCCCGGGAGUUGGACCCCAACAGGAAGUACAGCUGGAUGCACAAGAAGGAGGAGCGGAUGUACGCCAUGAAGUCCUCCCUGGAGAACAUGGAUGCCACGGAGUUGGACUUCCGGAUGCGGCUGGCCGAGGUGCAGCGGCAGUACAAGGAGAAGCAGCGAGAGUUGGUGAAGCUGCAGCGGCGCCGGGACCCUGAGGACAGGCGUGAAGAACCCCAUAGAAGCUUGGCACGCAGAGGCCCUGGCAGGCCGAGGAAACGGACCCACGCCCUCAUCGCCCUGCAGCCCCCAUGCAAGAGAGGGACGAGCCAAGGCAGUAGCGGAAAGCUGAGCAGCAAGUCCCUGCUGACAUCCGAGGACUUCGAGCUGGGAGCAGGGAUGAGGAAAAGACACAAGGGGGCGGAGGAGGAACACGGCACCCUUGUUGGAAUUGGGAAAGCCCGGGGCCGGAGCCAGAUGUGGGACGAACAAGACGGCUCUUCCGACUUCAUGAGCCAGCUGAAGAUUAAGAAGAAGAAGAUGGCCAGCGACCAGGAGCAACUGGCAAGCAAGCUAGACAAGGCCCUGUCCCUCACCAAGCAGGACAAGUUGAAGUCGUCGACCUUCAAGUUUUCGGACAGUGUUGGGGGGAAAUCGAAAACUGGCGGGGGCUGCAACAGGUACUUGACUCCGUAUGACAGCCUGCUCAGCAAGGACAGAAAGGCCUUGGCCAAAGGCCUCAGCCUGUCUCUGAAAGCCUCCCGGGAAGGUAAACACAAAAGGGCAGCCAAAGCCAGGAAGAUGGAGGUGGGGUUCAAGGCCAGAGGCGCGCCCAAGUCGGGCCACUCCCCGUUCACCUCGGAAGUGAGCAGCUACUCCUACAAUACCGACUCUGAGGACGAGCAUUUCCUGAAGGACGAGUGGUCAGCCCAAGGCCCCUCCAGCUCCAAACUGACAUCCUCCCUUCUGUGUGGCAUGGUGGCCAAGAACAGCAAGUCAGCCGGAGGCCCCAAGCUCACCAAGCGGGGUCUGGUGGCUGCCCGCACUCUGAAACCCAAGCCGGCCGCCACCAGGAAGCAGCCGUUUUGUUUGCUGCUUCGAGAGGCCGAUGUGCGCUCCUCCUCCAGUGACUCGUCCGAGGACUCGAUGGACCAAGAUGAGAGCUCCGAGGAGGAGGAGGAGGAGGAGCAGGACCCGGAGCUCGAGGAGGAGGAAGAGGAGGACGAGGCUGGUGCCUAUUAUAGGCUAGGGCCCCGGGAGCGGGCCCUGUCACCAGGCCUAGAGGAGAGCGGGCUGGGCCUACUGGCCCGCUUCGCAGCCAGCGCCCUGCCCAGCCCCACCGUGGGGCCGGCCCUGUCCGUGGUGCGGCUGGAGGCCAAGCAGAAGGCUCGGAAGAAGGAGGAAAGGCAGAACCUGAUGGGCACGGAGUUCGAGUACACGGACUCGGAGAGCGAGGUCAAGGUGCGGAAGCGCUCGCCGGCCGGGCUGCUGCGGCCCAAGAAGGGGCUUGGCGAGGCUGGCGGUGGCCUGGGGGGCCCGGCGCCCAGUGUCCGCGGCGCCGCCAGCCCGGACAAGGCCAAGCUGGUGGCGGACAAGGGGCGCAGGGCCCGCAAGCUGCGCGGGCCCAAGGAGGCGGGCUUCGAGGCGGGCCCCGAGGCCAGCGACGACGACCUGUGGACGCGGCGGCGCAGCGAGCGCAUCUUCCUGAACCCAUCUGGUGCUCCCGUGGGCUUCUUUGUCACGAAAGCCGAGCUGUGCUCCAUGAAGAAGAAGGGCAAGGAGGCGGGAACCACUGCCACUCCGGCUCUGCCGCCACCCCGCGUGCCCGCCCUGCCCUCCGAGGCCCGGGCCACUCACACCAGCUCCCUGGCCGGCACCAAGAGGAGCAAGGCCAAGGCCAAGGCGAAGGAGGUGAAAAAAGAGAACCGUGGGAAGGGGGGCGCCGUGAGCAAGCUGAUGGAGAGCAUGGCUGCCGAGGAGGACUUUGAACCCAACCAGGACUCGAGCUUCUCGGAGGACGAGCACCUCCCACGCGGUGGGGCCCUGGAGCGGCCGCCUACGCCAGCCCCCCGCUCCUGCGUCAUCGACAAGGACGAGCUCAAGGACGGGCUGCGCGUGCUCAUCCCCAUGGACGACAAGCUGCUGUAUGCUGGCCACGUGCAGACCGUGCACUCCCCCGACAUAUACCGUGUGGUGGUGGAGGGCGAGCGCGGGAACCGGCCCCACAUCUACUGCCUGGAGCAGCUGCUGCAGGAGGCGAUCAUUGACGUGAGACCGGCCUCCACCCGCUUCCUGCCCCAGGGCACCCGCAUCGCCGCGUACUGGAGCCAGCAGUACCGCUGUCUCUACCCAGGCACCGUGGUGCGAGGGUUACUGGACCUCGAGGACGACGGGGACCUCAUCACUGUGGAGUUUGAUGACGGAGACACAGGCAGGAUCCCCCUAUCCCACAUCCGCCUCCUGCCCCCCGACUACAAGAUCCAAUGUGCUGAGCCGUCCCCGGCCCUCCUGGUGCCAAGCACCAAGCGCCGCAGCCGCAAAACCAGCAAAGACGCCGGGGAGGGCAAAGACGGGGCUGCGGCAGGGGCGGAGGAGCCCAGAGCCAAGGCCAGGGGCCGAGGCCGGAAGCCCAGCGCCAAGGCCAAGGGCGACAAAGCUACUGCCCUGGAAGAGGGGGUCUCCACAGACGAGGUCCCCAGCAACCCCCUGGCCGUGGGGCCCAUCAGCAGCCCCAGUUCCAAGAAGAGCCCCCCAGAGCCCACGGAGACGCGGCCCAAAGCCCCCAAGGGCCGCCUGUCACCCCCACAGCCCAGCCCCAUGCCCCCCAGCUUUGCCGGCUGCCCAGCUCCCGAGCCAUUUGGGGAGGUGCCCGCACCUCCCACGGCUGUGGCCCCUGCACCCGUGGUGGCUGUGCCCCUCACCAUGCCAGCCACCCGCCCCAAGCCCAAGAAGGCACGGGCGGCCGAGGAGCCGGGCACCAAGGGCCCACGGCGGCCCGGCGAUGAGGGAGAGCUGCUGAUCAAACUGGACCAUGAGGGUGUGACGUCGCCCAAGAGCAAGAAGGCCAAGGAGGCCCUGCUGCUCCGCGAGGACUCGGCCGCCGGCGGCUGGCAGGAGCCCAAGGGCCUCCCUGCCCUGGGCGGUUUUCCCCCGGCCGCCAUUGAGCCCAAGCCUGGGUGGCCCAAGGCCCUGGACGGAGAGCCUGCCCCAGAGGCCGGGCCCGGACUGCAGUUUGAGGACUCGGGGGGCCCCGGGAGCCCGGACAAGGGCCAGGCCGAGCAGGACGCGGCCGAGGAGUCGGACAGCAGCGGCAGCAGUGGAGACAGCAGCGUCGGCGGCGGCAGCAGCAGCGGCAGCGGCGGCAGCAACAGCAAUAAUCACCUGAGCCGGCCCAAAAAGAGGGAGGGUGUUCACCUCCCCACCACCAAGGAGCUGGCCAAGCGCCAGCGCCUGCCAUCCGUGGAGAACCGGCCCAAGAUUGCUGCCUUCCUGCCGGCCCGGCAGCUCUGGAAGUGGUUCGGCAAGCCCACACAGCGGCGUGGCAUGAAGGGCAAGGCCCGGAAGCUCUUCUACAAGGCCAUUGUGCGGGGCAAGGAGAUGAUCCGGAUCGGGGACUGCGCGGUCUUCCUGUCGGCCGGCCGGCCCAACCUGCCCUACAUCGGCCGCAUCCAGAGCAUGUGGGAGUCGUGGGGGAGCAACAUGGUGGUCCGUGUCAAGUGGUUCUACCACCCCGAGGAGACCAGCCCCGGGAAGCAGUUCCACGAAGGCCAGCCCUGGGACCAGAAGUCUGGGCGGAGCCUCCCUGCUGCCCUGCAGGCCUCCAGCCAGAGGAAGGACUUCAUGGAGCGUGCCCUGUACCAGUCGUCGCACGUGGACGAGAACGACGUGCAGACAGUGUCGCACAAGUGCCUGGUGGUGGCCCUGGAGCAGUACGAGCAGAUGCUCAAGACCAAGAAGUACCAGGACAGCGAGGGCCUGUACUACCUCGCGGGCACCUACGAGCCCGCCACGGGCAUGAUUUUCUCCACCGAUGGGGUGCCGGUGCUCUGCUGAGCCCCAGCUGCCCACCAAGGGCUCUGCCAGCUGCCUUGCCCCCACGGCCCCGGGGACUUCUCUCAUCACUGCCACGGCCAAGCGCGUGCAGUGUGCCCGUGGCGUGCAUGUGCGCCCACGGGGACAAGGGCGGUGUGUACAUGUGUGUGCCCGUAUGCAUGCACGUGUGUGCACACGUGUACACGCACCUCCAGACCCCACCCCCACCUCCUUGGUGCCCCCCAGGCAGGGGCUCCUCCCAACCAUCAGGGUAUAGCUCUGUCCACCCCCCUCAGGCCGCCCAGCGCCUCCUCAGUCAGCACUUGACCCUCCAGGCCCCCAGGCUGCUGCGUGGACCCCAGGUGCCCCACCUCCACGCCAGCUGAGCCUGCCGGACUCAGGCUGGGGAGCGCCGUGGGCAGGAGGUUUCCAGGGAACCAAACGGAGGCUCUGGAGUAUUCCACCCUGCCUUGGGCCCUCCCGGCGCUACCAGGGUGCGGCCACCUCAGCCCAGAGCCCAGCCCAAGGUCUCCAGCCCCAAGUGGGGGGCCCCCCCCGCUCAGCGCCAGCCAGCCUCACCAAUGGUGCCAGGCCAGCUCCUGGGUGCCCUGCCAGGAGCCCAGGCCUCCAUCCUCAGGAUGGCGUGGAACUUGGGGAAGGAAGCCAGGCAAGGGCAUGGGCAUGGCACCAGGUAGAGGCCAGGCGCGGGCUGCACAGCGCAGGCCCUGACCCUCACACUACAGAAAACCCCCAAUGGUGCUGAAACCCUUGUCCCGGCCUCUGCCAGGCUUGCCAACCCCCCACCCCACCCCCAAUCCUGGAGGAGGCACUUCUUAGCCUGUACAGUUUUAUCGUACCCAGAGACUCUGACCCCACCCCCUGUAUCAUACGCCUUUAAAUGGAGUCAACUUUUUAAUUAUAUAUAUAAAGAUAAAGAUAUAUAAAUAUAAACUUUUUAAAACUGUGAAAAAAUAGCUAUGAAAUUCUAAAAAGCAAAACACUUUCUGGUGUGCAGAACGUUAUUUUUUAUUUCCGAUUAGCUUGUGAGUGCCAAGAAGCCGGCGUCACGGACCCCUGUUACCCCGCGCCCCCAUGCACACCCUGCCCGGCCCGCCUGCCCCCGCCCCAGGCCCUUGUGCCCGCCCCGUGCUGUAUGUGCCCCCUGACGAUGGGUAAGGAGCUAGGACAGCCGAAAGGAGGUGUGAGCGAGGGGAGGGAGGGGCCCAGCUAUGUCUGCCCUCCGCUCCUCCCCCGACUCAGCACUUAGCCCCCCUGCCUCCCGCCUCCCAGGGGACAGGAACGCCAGCCCAGACAAUCUUGAGGGAAGGAAAAGCCAGACUUCGGAUUUGUUUUUUGGGGGAAUUAUUGUUUUCGUUUGUCUUUUUUUUUUUAAGUUUCUUUUGGAAUUUUGUUUGUUGGCGAAUUCUGUGUGAUCUUUUUACAGAAAAAAGAAAAAGAAAAAAAAAAAGAUUUCAUUGGAAAAGGA